GCGUGCAGCAAAUGAGUUGUCAGUCAGUCACUGCUCUCCCCUGGUGUGUGACCCCAACCGACUCACCCUACACGUACAGGAACGCAAUGGCCGUGUCCGCGGUGAUACCUCUGCUGCUGAUGCUGCUAUCUGCACUCAGCUGCAUACGCGCGCAAGCCCAAGGGCCGACCUGCGGGGCCCCGCCACAGAUCUCGCACGGCCACGUGGUGAAACCCAAGGGGUCGUACACCGCGCAGGAGGAGGCGCAGUACGAGUGCGACGACGGAUACACUCUCCACGGACCGCGGGCCUUCUGCAGCGGCCAGGGGUGGUCACACACGCCCAGCUGUGACAUGCCGUGCAAGGUGACCUCAGAUGAUCUGGAGGCCCACUCGCUGGAGAUAGCCGCCGACUCGCAGAAGUUCCGCCGGGGCUCGUCCAUCACGCGCCUCUUCAAGGCCACCACGUACAAGAUCCCACCGGGGGAGAUGGCCAACUUCGCGUGCCGCAAGAAGAGUGUCGCCGUGGGCCCGCUGAGCGCCAUAUGCCUGCAGGGCGCCCUCGAGCUGCCAUUCUGCGAACCUGAAUCGUGCCGCAGGCUGGAGGUGGCGCACGGAAAGCUCGUCAUGUCUGAGGACACGGUGCGUCACAACCACAGUGCCAGCCUUGCCUGUGACGCGGGCUACGAGGGCUACAGCAAGAUCUCGUGCAAGGCCGGGGUGUGGGAACCAACCCCUGUGUGCUGCGCCCGUCCUGCGGUAGCGGUGCCCAACGGACAGGUGAAAGUGAACAGGGAGACGCUGACGGCUGAGCUGGCCUGCUCCACUGGGUUCGAGCCGGUCAAGGGUCAGCAGGUCGCGUGCCGGUCGGGCGCCUUCGACACGAAGGCGUUCGCUUGCAAGGAGCGUAAGUGCGACCCGCGCGCCAGCGACUACCCGCACGUGAAGAGUCUGGACAAGGGCAAGGACGGCUACACGUACACGGUGAAGUGCAAGAGCGACCACGCGGCCUUCGUUCCCACCGUGCGGUGUGAGCAGGGCAUUAUGGUGCCCGCUCCCUACUGCUGUUCGUCCACCCACCGCAUCACCCACGGCUCGGUGGGCGUGGGCCACGGCCUGGGCAACGUGCACGUCAACAUCACGUGCGAGCCGGGCUACCACCCACCGCAGGAGACGCACGUGCUCUGCGUACACGGAGAGUGGCCCGCGGACAGAAUCAAGUGCAACAAGGUCACAGGCGAGCUGACGGAGAAGAAGUGCAUGUGGGGACUGUGCAUCGGACACACCAGGGACACAGCAGUCUUGGUCAACGAAGAACACAAGGUGCUCAAGCUGACCGCUCCUCAGCAGCGCACCGCCGCGAUCACCCUGAGCCCCGACCCCAAGCUCACCCAGUGUCUCUCCUUCACCUACGUCGCUCGCAUGCCCUGGACUCUCAAGUUGGGUAAGUCCGGUGAUGCCACACCCCUCGUGAGUCUGGCUGGAUCUGCUGGAUAUGGAGGCAGUAUCACUGCCCUGGAGCCCCAAACCACCGAGGCACGUCUGGAGUUGAAGUUCCAGGACCUCAUGAUCCAGGCACUCGGUUUGCAGACGUGCAACCCGACAGAGAUAAGCUUCGUUGGGUCCGAUCCCAAAGACACGCAGGAACGCAAGGCCCCUGGCCCGCAGCCUCCAUCCUCCCCGGCGGCCCAGCUACCCCACCCGGCUCACCCAGGGCCUGGCGUGCAGUCCCCGUCCUCCCCGGGGGCCCGUCCGCCCCACCAGGCUCACGCAGACGGCAAGAACAAAGGCUGCCAGGUUCCCGAGGUGUUCAAGCUCACCGUGACGCCAACGCAGGCCGAGUACAAGCCGGGCGACAGGGCCGUGUUCCGGUGCGCCGACGGUCUGUACCCGUUGCCGUGGGGCAGCGUGUGCCUGCCCUCCGGCCACUGGGAGUCCAUCACGCAGUGCGUGGACCGCCCGGUGUGCGUGCUUCCCAAGCCGCCGGCGCAGGUCGCCCUGGCGGAGAGGUCGCCGCAGCCGGUGUACCAGCCGGGCGACAGCCUCACGUACUCCUGCGGCGCCGGCUGGAAGCUGCCGCCCGUCGCGGGGCGUCCGCAGCCGAUCAACGACGCCGUGCAGUGCGCCGCGGGGCGCUGGGGGGACUUCAAGUGCGUGCGCGCCUAGCGGGGGUCGAACCACGCCACCGCCACCGCCGCCGCCGCCUAUGCCCACCUACCGCCGCCGCCUACCCCAACCUACCGCCGCCUACCCCCGCCUACCCCUGCAUACACUCCCCUACACCAGCCUACCGCCGCCUGCUACCGCCUACCGCUGCCGACACCCGCCUACCCCCGCCUACCAGCAUCUGGCACCACCUACGACUGCCUACCCCCGCCUACCCCUGCCAACCCCCACCUACCGCUGCCUACACCCCCUACCCCCGCCUACUGCUGCCUACCCCCACCUACCCCUGCCUACCCCUGCCUACCGCACACUAUACCCACCUACACCUGCCUACCCCCCCCCCCCUUCUGCUGCCUACCCCGCAAACACUCAACGCGUCCGUCAGUCACUUCACCGCGCGUGUGGCCUGAAAAGGAAAAAAGUAUGUAUAAUAGGCGACGUUUCGGGCAAACGGCUCUUCGCAGCACAUAACUAGAGAGACCGCAGAUAUCGAGUGGGUACGAGUAAGGUGGCUUCUCUGUUUAUGUGCUAUGAAAGAAGGGGAGUUGCCUGAAACGUCGGCUGUUAUAUGUUUUCCCCUUCUAAGGCCACACACGCAUAAGGCGUUGCAGUGACCUUUGACAUAAAAAAAAUACCAAACUACAAACUAUUUUUUUUUAAACGUAUCAGGUAAGGGCCUACCGAGCUAUGUAGCUCUUUUUUUUAGAAAGGCGACCUGGCCACGAAUGGAUAGCCCAACGAAGUGGCUUCUCGUCGGCAUUUGGACAUUCGAGGCAGCCGAAGACUCUAGAAGCGUGACGUCGAUUCUCAACGUGGAGGGAAAAAACCGGAGGACCUGGAGAUAAAUUGACGUGACCAUGGGGAGAGAGAGAGAGAGAGCCACGCACACACACAAACUCCAAAUAUACAGCAGCAGCAGCAGGCAUAUUGAGGGUCGGGAUCGAACCCACGACCUCCUGUAGAACAUGCGAGGUAGUUAACAUCUCCUAGCCACCGUGAUGAUGAUGAGAGAGAGAGACACACAAACUCCAAAUAUACAGCAGCAGGCAUAUUGAGGGUCGGGAUCGAACCCACGACCUCCUGUAUACCGAGAGAGGUAGUUUAACAUCUCCUAGCCAUGGUGGUGCCCGACCUCACGGAGCUGACUGCGAGCCACCCACCCCGCUUUGAGUAACGUCGCGUUCAAAGGAGACGGAUGACUUUGGCGUAAUUGAAAAUGCGUCCAAUUAGACUGGUGAAUCCAACACACGCCCGACACACCGCUACAAUGCAGAGUGAUUUCACUUCGUUGUUGUCUUUACAAAGACGGUCUCCGUGCUAAAGAAGAUGUUUUCAUGAGGCGGUUGAGCUUCAUCUGCAAAAUAAACGUGAACGCCAACACGAA